AUGGGUUCUUUUGUUACUGUUAGGGGUAAAGCCAUAUCUUUGGAAACGCAAACUGACACGUUGUUGUCACGUUAUUCAUCAUACGGACAAACUACAAGUAGUCAAGCCGACACCAAGGAAACCUCACUUGCUGAAAGUAUCGAGAAGCUACUUGCUGAAAGGCAGGAGGUACUAGAACAAUUACAGAACAUAUGUGAUAGUAAUGCUAAUGUUAGCUCCUCUAAAUUAUCACAAUUACAGCGUCAUAGGGAAAUCUUACAACAGCAUGGAAACACGUUUCGAGGCAUUCGAUCUGCUAUCCAACAAGAGCGCAGCAGGCUGAAUCUACUAUUCAGCGUAAAACAGACCCUUGAGGAAAAUGACAAUGCGGUUAAUACUGUUACAGACGAAGACGAAUACAUAAAUAAUGAAAGGCGUAACAUUGAAGAGUCGCACAACGUUGUUGAUAGGCUUAUUUCACAAGCCUUUGAGACAAGGGACAGUAUUGCAUCUCAAAGGUUGAGCUUACAGAGAUCAAGCGACCGCUUAUUUCACAGUCUACAGCGGAUUCCUGGUAUAAAUCAUGUUCUUUCCAAAAUUAACACAAGAAGAAGAAAGAACGCACUGAUCCUGUCUAGUUUGAUUACACUUUGCAUCCUUUUCCUCUUCUUUACGUGGUGA